AUGAGUAUUUCAUUUAACGAUCAGCCAAAACUUGUUCUCUUCAUUACCCUGUGUUCGAUAUCUCUAGUUGAAUCAGCUUAUACUUACCAAAAAUUGAAUGAAUUAAUGCCUGAAUUGAGACAAUUUCUUGGUUUGACACAUCUGGGCACUCUACGUCCAUUAAAUACACCUAAAGCUAAUCAACAACCAAUACAUUUAUCAGCAUUUGCUAUACCUUCCUUUGCUGAUCAAGGACAAUUCCAGGUACUUAUCGGAACAUAA